AAGAGAACUCUUCUGGAAAGUCCAGCAAAGGAAAAUGGAAAGAGAGGGUCAAAGGGGCAAAGGCAAAUAUUAGAAAAAGAGAAAAAAGAAUGGCAGAUUUGUUGGUUGGUGUUUCACAGUCGUCUCUUCUUCGACUUCAACCAAAGCUUGGAUCAUUUCGAAGGCUACAGCUCUUUAACAAUUACGGUUACCCGAGAUUUGGCAACAGUCAGCUCGAUCUGAAAGGGGUGACUGUAGCUGGGGUAGUAUCUUCUGAUUCGAAAGCACCCACGAUUCUUACUAACUCAGUUGAUUUUGCCAAGGGAGGGAUCGAAAUCGAAGUAGACACAGGAAACGGCGGAGGAGACAACUUUGACAACAGAAGCGGAGGAGGAGGAGGUGGUGGCGGUGGGGAUAACAGCGGCGGAGGUGAUAGUGGCAAUAAAGGAGAAGGGGAGUUUUCAGACGACGGGAGUAAGAAAACAAUGGCUUUGUCUAUGUCCCAGAAGUUAACUCUUGGAUAUGCUGCUCUUGUCGGAGUUGGUGGUGUUAUGGGCUACAUCAAGAGUGGCAGCCAGAAGUCACUUUUGGCAGGAGGAUUGUCAGCCUCACUGCUCUAUUAUGUUUAUACUCAGCUUCCCGCAAAACCAGUUUUUGCCUCAUCCCUUGGGCUUGGUACAUCUGCGGCGCUUUUGGGAGUGAUGGGUUUCCGUUUCAAGAGGUCAGGAAAAGUCUUUCCAGCCGGUGUUGUGUCACUUGUGUCACUUGUGAUGACAGGGGGCUACCUUCAUGGCAUCAUGCGUAGUCUGCACUAGUCCAAGGCGGUAGUGAUAGCAACAAAGUUGAAUUACGAGCCUGUAUGCUUAUUGGACAUGGUGCUUUGAUAGAUAGAGUGCUUUGUUAUGUCAUACCUUCGAAGUUGUGAACUUUGUUAGACCACCAUGCAAUGUGAUUGGACACCAGGUUGUUUUGAUGUGUGAAUGCGUUUUACCUCUUAA